AUGGCGCACCUUGAACAUACACCGACCUCCACGGACAGGGACAUCAUCGAAGGAGACUAUGAGAAGCCAAGGUUGACGCAAACCAUUUCCUCCGGCGCCGUGUCAAUGAGUCCAGAGCUCUUCGAAAAGCUCUAUCUCACGCCCAAGACUCCCCAUGCCGGUGACAACAUUAGGCGAUUUGCCAAUCCCACGCCUCUGGGUUUCGUCGGUUUCGUCAUCUCGACAUUCACCUUCUCAAUGGUCAUGAUGGGCUGGGGCGGUGCGAGUGGCCUAUCCCCUGUCGUUGGCAUCUUCUUCUUCGUCGGUCCCCUCUUGCUUGUUUUAACCACCAUCUUCGAGUGGAUCAUGGGCAACUUCUUCUCCAUGAUGGUAUGCGGCCUCUUCUCCGUCUUCUGGCUCUCCUUCGGCCUGCUCCAGCUGCCCACGUUGGGCCUCGCGGCGCCGUACUCCACAAGCGGCACCGACGCCGUCGCCGGCGCGGCCACCAAGGAAUUCAACGCCGUAGUCGCGCUGUAUCUCAUCGUGUGGGGCUUCGCGCUGUUCACCUUUUUCAUCUUCACGCUCAAGACCAACGCCAUCUUCGCGGGUAUCUUCCUCUUUGUGACUUUGGGCGCGUGGGUGCUCGCGGGCGCGUACUGGAAGGUCAGCACGGGCGAUUACGCACAGGCCGCGAAUCUGCAAAAGGCUGGCGGGGCGUUACUCUUCAUCGUCGCCUGUCUGGGCUGGUACAUGACGUUUGUGAUGAUGGCCGCGGAGAUGCGCCUCGCGAUCAAAUUGCCCGUGGGCGACCUCAGCCAUUUCUGGCCAAGGACCGAUAUCGAGAUGGGCAGGGCCGAGAAGCAGGCGUGA